AGAAAUACACAACAAACUCAAGAGAACGUGAUUAUGGAGCAUCUAUUAACUGUCUUAUUUUGAAAAUAAAUAGUAGUUUUAGCAGAUAAUGUGAAGUCACAGUUUUCUACCAGUGACAAACACAUGUCCAGUAAAAUAUAAGUCAGGUCAUGUUCUGUACUUCAUGUCACUGUGUCCUACACGUGACCCUGACCCUGAGCCUCAGGUUUCUGUUAAAUCUGAACAUAAAACCUGCGCAGGUCUAAUCAUGGAUCUAUAACGAAUCUAAUACAUGUGUCUGUACUUCCGCCUGUCGAGUCACGUGACUGUGGUGCACGUGAUUCACUCGUUCACUCGCAGCGUCAGGUGAUUCACUCGCAGCGUCAGGUGUUUGGGGCUCGCGGUGCAGUUGGAGCUGUUCACAGAACAGUCUGGUUCGUUUGGUCGGUGCUAUGGAAGUCCAGAUGCGGCGGCGGGGGCGGCGGUACCGGUUCGGUCCGCUCUUGUGUCUCUUCAGCCUGAGCCUCAGAAGUGUGUCCGGAGUUUGGCCGUUUCCUCAGAGUUUCUCUUCUUCCCCGGAGCGUUUCUCUCUUCAGCCCGACGCUUUCUCCUUCACGUACGGACCUGAGUCUGCGGCCGGUACCGGUACCGGAGCGGGCUGCUCGGUGCUGGACGAGGCGUUCGUCAGAUACUUCCGCCUCAUCUUUCCGGAUUAUUUCCACAAACAACGUCCGUCUCUGCGUCCGGCCCCAGACUCGUCCUUCACGUUGGUGGUCAGCGUGGAUCAGGACGAGUGCGACGGUUACCCCACUCAAGACUCUUCAGAACGCUAUAAUCUGAGUGUGACGGUGGGAGGCGGAGCUCUGAAUGCAGAGUCAGUGUGGGGAGCUUUAAGAGGUCUGGAAUCCUUCAGUCAGCUCGUCUAUCAGGAUCACUCUGGCACCUAUUACAUCAACAAAACGGUCAUUGAGGACUUCCCUCGAUUUCCAUUCCGUGGGAUUUUGUUGGACACCUCACGUCACUAUUUGCCUUUACAUGCCAUAUUACAAACUCUGGAUGGAAUGGCCUACAGUAAGUUCAACGUGUUUCACUGGCACAUCGUGGACGAUCCGUCUUUUCCGUACCAAAGUAGAACGUUUCCGGACCUGUCCAGUAAGGGGGCGUACCAUCCCUUCACCCACAUCUACACGCAGACAGAUGUGAGGAAGGUCAUCGCUCAUGCCCGUCUGCGUGGCAUCAGAGUUCUGCCGGAGUUUGAUUCUCCUGGGCACACCAGCUCCUGGGGCAAAGGGCAGCCGGAUCUGCUGACUCCGUGCUACAGCGGAUCUUCUCCUAACGGGAGGUUUGGUCCAGUCAAUCCGUCCUUGUCCUCCACCUUCCAGUUCAUGUCCACUUUAUUUAAGGAAGUGUCUCUGGUGUUUCCAGACUCCUUCAUCCACCUGGGAGGAGACGAGGUGGACUUCACCUGCUGGAAGUCAAACCCUGAUGUUGUGGCGUUUAUGAAGAAAAUGGGAUUUGGGACGGACUUCACUAAACUGGAGGCGUUUUACAUGGAGAGUAUCGUGAACAUCACCACGGCCCUCAACAGAACCGCCAUCGUGUGGCAAGACGUGUUCGACUACCAUGAAAAAAUCCCAAAGGACACUGUGCUUCACAUCUGGAAGGGCGUCCCCGCUGCGUACCAGGCCGAGCUGGAGCGCAUCACCAAAGCGGGCAUGAGGGUGAUCCUGGCCGCGCCCUGGUACAUCAACCACAUCAGCUACGGGCAGGACUGGCGCACGUACUACGGCGUCCGGCCUCUCAACUUCACCGGUUCAGAGGAGCAGAAGAAGCUGGUGAUCGGUGGAGAAGUGUGUAUGUGGGGAGAGUAUGUGGACGCCACCAACCUGUGUCCUCGAAUGUGGCCCAGGGCCAGUGCUGCUGCAGAGAGGCUGUGGAGCGAUGAGAAGCAGACGUCCAGUGUGAAGGAGGCCUUCCCUCGGCUCCAGGAGUUCCGCUGCAGGUUGCUCAGGCGCGGCAUCCGGGCAGAACCUCUGUCUGUGGGCCACUGCCAACACGAGUACCAGGGCAUCUGACCUGAAGAGCAUCUGACCUGAAGAGCAUCUGACCUGAAGAGCAUCUGACCUGAAGAGCAUCUGACCUGAAGAGCAUCUGACCUGAAGACCAUCUGACCUGAAGAGCAUCUGAUCAUCUGACCUGAAGAGCAUCUGACCUGAAGACUCUGACCUGAAGACCAUCUGACCUGAAGACCAUCUGACCUGAAGACCAUCUGACUUGAAGAGCAUCUGACCAUCUGACCAUCUGAUCAUCUGACCUGAGGACCAUCUGUGAAUCAUCACUUCGUUCAAUCAGAAUCUUUUCCAUUUUCUACAGAAUCUUUUUUGCACCAAGAACUUCAAUGUGACUGACUCUAAACUAAAGAUGUGAUCCUGGAUUUUUAGGGUUAGGGUUCUUCAGACGUCUGUGGAUCUCCUUUGGUCGUCUUCUUCAGACGUCUGUGGAUCUCCUUUGGUCGUCUUCUUCAGACGUCUGUGGAUCUCCUUUGGUCGUCUUCUUCAGACGUCUGUGGAUCUCCUUUGGUCCUCUUCUUCAGACGUCUGUGGAUCUCCUUUGGUCGUCUUCUUCAGACGUCUGUGGUUCUCCUUUGGUCGUCUUCUUCAGACGUCUGUGGUUCUCCUUUGGUCCUCUUCUUCAGACGUCUGUGGAUCUCCUUUGGUCGUCUUCUUCAGACGUCUGUGGAUCUCCUUUGGUCCUCUUCUUCAGACGUCUGUGGAUCUCCUUUGGUCGUCUUCUUCAGACGUCUGUGGAUCUCCUUUGGUCGUCUUCUUCAGACGUCUGUGGAUCUCCUUUGGUCGUCUUCUUCAGACGUCUGUGGAUCUCCUUUGGUCCUCUUCUUCAGACGUCUGUGGAUCUCCUUUGGUCGUCUUCUUCAGACGUCUGUGGAUCUCCUUUGGUCCUCUUCUUCAGACGUCUGUGGAUCUCC